GCGUAGCCAUGUUGAUUUUUGAGCAGACAAAAAAGAAGUGAAAAAUAUUGUGAUUUGUGAUUUAGAAAAAGAUAUAAAAAUCAUAUUAUUUAUUGGAAAAAGCUAGAAAACAAAGAAGUGGUUAAAAGACUACAAGUUUUUCUUGGUUUAGUUACAGAAGUUUGCACAGAAAAAGAAGGAUGAUGGCUGAUGAAUUUGAUGUGGAAGCCAUGUUGGAGGCACCUUAUAAUAAAAACGUACCUACCUCCUUGAUAUAUGUUGGGAUAUUUAGUAUUAAAAUAAAAAACAGCAUAAAUGUUGAUUAAAUUAUUAUAUUCGUUAAUGUGCGUGCCACACCAAACUCUGGAAGUUAUCGAAGGGGAAAGCUUCCUAUCAACUCAUACUCUUUGAUAUGUAAUUUGCAAUGUAAAAUCAUACGUAGUAAAACAUUAUUACUCUAAAAACAAUGUAAUGAUAACUAAAAAUUUUAAAAGAAUUUAUUUUUUAUAUAAACAAAUAUUUUUUUUUUAUGAUUUUAUACUAAUUUUUCGGUUUGCUUUAUUCCUGCCACUUUUGAAAUUUUUUUACUGCCUUAUAAAUAACACUUGUGCCGUGCAGAAUGACGAUGAUCAUCACUAUUCUCAUCAUGAUAAAAAGUUAACUGAAAAUGGAAGAAAACAUCGGUCGAGAUCGAUAGAAAGGUCCAGAGGCCAUGAUAAGUAUGAAGAAAAGGCAAAAAGCAGUCGGGAUAGGAGAGCGAGAUCCACAGAAAAAAGUAGAAGACGAUCCGCUGAGAGAGAGAAACGUCGAAGCAGAUCAAGAGACAAGAAACGAGUUUCAAGAUCUCGAUCAAGAGAAAAAAAACGUAGUGUAUCGCGAGAACGUGAUCGUAAGAAAAGAAGUAAAACUAAAGAAAGACGUAGAAGUCGAUCAAAGGAAAAACGAAGAAGUAAAUCAAAAGAGAGACGCCGCAGUAAAUCAAAGGAUAAGGAAAAGCGUAAGAGUCGCUCAACAGAUCGUUCCAAAGAAAGAAAACGCAGUCGAUCUCGAAGACGAUCACGUUCAAAGGAGAAAAGGAGAAGGUCUCCAUCUCCACGGCCCUUCAGAAGGGGUAGGACCCCACCGAAUGGAUUAGGUGACAGAUCACCGCCAGAAGAUUUAAGUCCAGAGGAAAGAGAUGCCAGAACUGUAUUUUGCAUGCAACUUUCACAACGUAUACGUGCUAGAGAUUUGGAAGAAUUUUUUUCUAGCGUUGGAAAAGUUCGAGAUGUUAGAUUAAUUACAUGUAACAAGACAAGAAGAUUUAAAGGAAUAGCUUAUAUUGAGUUUAAAGACCCAGAAUCUGUUGCAUUGGCUCUUGGGUUAUCUGGUCAAAAAUUACUUGGUAUACCAAUAUCAGUGCAACAUACACAAGCAGAAAAAAACAGAAUUGCGAAUUCCGUACCAACAUUCACACCUAAAAAUCAUACCGGUCCAAUGCGAUUAUUUGUUGGAUCGUUGCAUUUCAAUAUAACUGAAGAUAUGCUGAGAGGAAUUUUUGAGCCAUUCGGUAAAAUCGAUAAUAUACAACUAGUAACAGACAGUGAAACUUUAAAAUCUAAAGGAUAUGGGUUCAUAACAUACCGCAAUGCUGAUGAUGCAAAAAAAGCUUUGGAGCAGUUAAAUGGGUUUGAGCUAGCUGGUCGACCUAUGAAAGUUGGAAAUGUUACUGAACGUUUAGAUAUGAACACAACAUCAUUAGACACGGAUGAAAUGGACCGUAGUGGUAUAGAUUUAGGUGCAACUGGUCGUUUACAAUUAAUGUUUAAAUUGGCUGAAGGAGCUGGAUUAGCAGUACCUCAAGCAGCUGCUAAUGCUUUGCUAGCUACGGCCCCGCAACCUAUAACGCAACCCCAACAGCAAGCAGCACCAGCAAUAGCAACACAAUGUUUUAUGCUUUCAAAUAUGUUUGAUCCCAAAACUGAAACUAAUCCAAGUUGGGAUAGUGAAAUACGUGAUGAUGUGAUUGACGAAUGUACAAAGCAUGGUGGCGUAUUACAUAUUUUUGUUGAUAAAACAUCGGCUCAAGGAAAUGUAUAUGUUAAAUGUCCAAGUAUUACAACAGCCGUGCUAGCAGUUAAUGCUUUACAUGGUCGAUGGUUUGCUGGACGUGUUAUUACUGCUGCUUAUGUUCCAUUAACAAAUUAUCAUUUACUUUUCCCAGAUGCAUUAACUGCAGUUAAUCUAUUAACACCUGCAAGGAAGUAAAUUUAGAAUUCCUUUUUUGAUUUUAAUAUGAUUUAAAAAAAUUCUUUGUUAAUUUGAAUAAUAAAUUAACACUUAUUACAUAAAUCGAAUAUAAAA